AUGGUUGCCCAAACAGAAAAUGACGAUAUUGCAUCUUCAUCUACAUCAGCAAGGUCUAAUAGUCAUCAUCCAGUCUCUGCUUCAGGUUCACAUAUUUUAAGUGGAAGUACCAAUUCAACUGCAUCUCCAUUACGGUCGCUUACCAGUGCCUCCGGUGGUCUAUAUGUUAGCGCUCCGGGAAAAAUAAUACUGUUUGGGGAACAUGCAGUUGUUUAUGGAAGAACUGCUGUAGCUGGGGCCAUAGAUUUACGUACAUAUGCUAGUUUAUUUACAUCAGCAGAUCAAAGGAUAUAUUUAUCAUUACCUGAUUUAGGUGUAGAAAAAACAUGGAUGUUAAAAGAUUUAUUGAAAGCAGGUGAAAGAUUAUCAUCAGAACAUCCACCGGAUGAUGGCCCACCUAAUUUAGAAGUUGUUGUUCCAUAUGCUAGAAAACUUUCAGGAUCAUGUGAAGAUCAAUGUGGUGUACAACAUUUAGCUAUACUAGCUUUUUGGUAUCUUUUACUAGGUGUUGUUCAAAGAAAACGGGAUCUAAUGGCAGUUAAAGUAACAGUAAAAUUUAAACUUCCUGCUUGUGUAGGAUUAGGAUCUUCUGAUUCCAUUCAAUUUCCAGGUGCAUUUUGUGUAUGCGUUGCAACAGCGCUUCUUCAGACAGCUGGUAUCAUUCCAGCUCCAACAAUUCCUGCAGAUGAUCAUGGAACAAUGACAUGGGAAGAUAUUCACUUAGACACAAUCCGUCGAUGGUCAGCUGCAGCAGAAUCACUUAUUCAUGGUAGAGCAAGUGGUUUAGAUGCCGCUGUAUGCACAUUUGGGGGUGUUGCAAGUUAUAAACCAGGGAAACCAAUAGAAACAUUGAAAAACAUUCCCGACUUAAGAGUUAUACUAGUUAAUUCAAAAGUAGAGAGAAAUACUACUAGAAUGGUACAAACAGUCAAAGAUAGGUUAAAAAAAUUUAAAGAUGUAAUUGAGGGAAUUUUUAAUUCAAUAGAUGCAAUCUCAAAAGAAGGUGCUAGAAUUUUAACACAUGUUCCAGAGGAUAGUCAAGAUGCUAUUUCAUUAGUAGAAAAUGGAGAUAGAAGUAAUACUCAUACACCAUUGCCUGAAUUUGAUCAUAGUGCUUUACAACUUAAUCCAAGUGCUGCAUAUGGAAGUUGUGGUGGAGGAGGAAGGUCCUCGAGUUUAAGUCUUUAUACAACUGGCGGUAAAAGGUUGUCAAAUGCUAGUGCCGUCAGUAGUGAUCUAAAAGAGAGGGGAGAAUUUAAUGAUGUUUUUUCUAAACUUAAUGAUUUAUGUCGUAUGAAUAAUCAAUUAUUAAUUUCUCUUGGUGUUGGACAUCCUAAAGUAGAUCAAAUUUGUACAUUAUUAUCACGUUAUGGAAUUCAUCCAAAAAUGACUGGAGCUGGUGGAGGUGGGUGUGUAUUUGCAUUUCUGAAACCUGAUACAUCAAAUACUGUUAUAUCAAUGAUUAAAGAUGAACUUAAAAAAUUAGAUUAUGAUGUAUGGCAACCACGAUUAGGUGGACCAGGAGUAGUACUUCAUGAUAGUAGACCUGAAUUAUUUGGUUCUCUUGGUAGCAGCACGCAGGGAUCUAGAGCACCAACUCCUUGUAAAAGAUAA